AUGAGUCGUUCUGGUGGCGCCGAGGCGGUGAGGGGUGAUCUUCGGGAGUGGGGAGCCGUGACCUUGACAGACUCCCACGCAGAGACCUCCCCCACCAACAGAUGUCAGUCAUCCCAGGGAGCAGUACUGACGGGGACUCCAAAACAUAAGCUGCAUUACAGAAAGGAAGUAGAAAUUCAGGAGUUGUUACUCUACUUUAUUUUUUUAAUAAACCUAUGUAUAUUGACUUUUGGAAUGGUAAACCCACAUAUGUAUUACUUAAACAAAGUUAUGUCAUCUCUAUUUUUGGACACUUCUGUGCCUGGUGAUGAAAGAACCAACUUUAAGUCUAUUCGCAGCAUAACUGAUUUUUGGAAGUUUAUGGAAGGACCCCUUUUGGAAGGUCUGUACUGGGACUCGUGGUACAAUAACAAGAAGUUAUAUAAUUUAAAUAACAGCAGUCGUAUCUACUAUGAGAACAUACUUUUAGGAGUCCCCAGAGUCCGUCAACUAAAAGUCCGCAACAACACCUGCAAGGUCUAUUCAUACUUCAAGUCCUUGAUGAGUGAAUGUUAUGACAGAUACACUCCUGCAAAUGAAGACCUGUCUGCGUUUGGCCUUAAGCAGGAUACUGAAUGGAAAUACUCUACUCCUAGUGCGAAUGACCCUUGGCACUGGGGAUUUUUUGGUGUUUAUCGAAAUGGGGGAUAUAUUUUCACUUUAUCAAGAUCAAAAUCUGAAACCAAAAGCAAAUUUAUUAACCUUCGACUGCACAGCUGGAUCACAAGAGGGACUAGAGUUGUUUUUAUUGAUUUUUCAUUAUACAAUGCUAAUGUAAAUCUGUUUUGCAUCAUCAGAUUGGUGGCAGAAUUCCCUGCAACUGGAGGAAUAGUUACUUCAUGGCAGUUUUACUCUGUAAAGCUCCUCAGAUAUGUUAGCUUCUAUGAUUACUUUAUUGCUUCCUGUGAAAUCACAUUUUGUAUUUUUCUAAUUGUCUUCACAACACAAGAAGCCAAAAAAAUGAAAGAAUUUAAGUCUGCCUAUUUCAAAAGUAUUUGGAACUGGCUGGAAUUACUACUUUUGGUGUUGUGUGUCGUGGCCAUUUUCUUCAACUCAUACUGUAAUAUACAAAUUUUUCUCUUACUGGGACAGAUGUUAAAAAGUACUGAGAAGUAUUCAGACUUCCAUUUUCUUGCACACUGGCAUAUUUAUUACAACAAUAUAAUUGCUAUUACCAUCUUCUUUGCAUGGAUAAAGAUACUCAAAUUCAUAAACUUUAAUAGGACAAUGUCUCAGCUGUCAUCGACCUUGUCCCGAUGUAUCAAAGACAUAGUAGGAUUUACCAUCAUGUUUUUUAUAAUAUUCUUUGCUUAUGCCCAGCUAGGAUUUCUUGUUUUUGGAUCACAAGUUGACGACUUUUCCACUUUUCAAAAUUCUAUAUUUGCACAAUUUCGAAUUGUUCUUGGAGAUGUUAAUUUUGCUGGUAUUCAACAAGCCAAUCGUAUCUUGGGACCCAUUUACUUCAUCACUUUCAUCUUCUUUGUGUUCUUUGUCCUGCUGAACAUGUUCUUGGCAAUAAUUAAUGAUACCUAUUCUGAAGUGAAAGCUGAUUAUUCAAUAGGCAGAAGCCCAGAUUUUGAACUUGGUAAAAUGAUUAAAAAGAGUUUUAAUGAUGCUCUAGAGAAACUCAAACUAAAGAAACCUCAAGAGGAUGAAGACAAGAAAAGUAUGAAAAGCAGAGAUUUGGUUGAAGAAGCCCAAAGAGAAGGCUUUGAUGAAACUGAAAUUCAAAGAUCAGAGCAAAUGAAAAAAUGGAAAGAGAGGCUUGAGAAAAAGUAUUAUUCUAUAGAAAUUCAAGAUGACUACCAGCCUGUCACUCAACAAGAAUUCCAAGAACUCUUUUUAUAUGCCGUGGAGCUGGAGAAAGAAUUACACUACGUCAGUUUAAAACUAAACCGAGUGAUGAAAAAGAUUUCAGCUCUACAAUAUUGAGACAAGUGGAAGUAAGAAUCUGUAAUGCAAUCAUUGGGCAUUUUUAACAAAUACUUAUUCCUAUAUUGAAUUACUUACUAAACUUGUCUCCAUUUCAGGUGCACUUUAAAAGCACUGAACCACCUGUCAUUGAGGUCAACGAUAAUCAUCAAAUGAUAUCCAGGAAUUAAGUGCCCCCGCAUGGGACCCACUGUACAGUCCUUGCAUAUUACAACACGCCUCCAGAGUAUACACACACUGCUGCACACAAAGGGCUUCAUAAGAUUUAUCAUUACACUCUAGAAGUGUAAAGAGAGAGUAUAAAAUAAUGCUGCUGGCAGUUCCUACAGCAGGUCUCCACCAGCUCAAUACUUAGGAAAAGAUAGUUUUCUCAGUAUUACACAAAGUGUAAGAACUCUGGUGCUCUCAUCAUGUACCAUGUUCUAACUCCCUCUGGCCAUAAAUUAAGAAAUGCUUUCGACUCUGGAAAACCAUUAUAUAAGACCCCAAGUUAAAAAAAAAUCUUACCUCCAUUCUUCCCAAUUUGAAGUGUUCUGGAAAAAGCCAAAGUAUAAAAGAACAAACUUCCCAAACACCUAGAGAACUUCCACUAACACUUUCAAAUGGGAAAUUCUUCUAGACAGUUUCUAAGUAACAUAUUCAAAGUUUUCCAAAAGUCCUCCACUACUUUAAAAGCAAAAUAUGCUUUAAAAAAUAAAGAGCAAGGUAGGAGUAACAGGGUUAUAAGAAGUCGUUACGUUUGAAAGUGCAAAUGAGGGAGCCACAAAAGCCUAGUCUGGACGGUUGGAAAGCGGUGCUUGGCCGGCACUGCGGGGGCUGGAAGGAAGCUCUUCUGGUUUCCUUAGGUCCAAUAAGCCAUCCCAGAAGAGCUCUAUGUUCUCUUAGCCCAAGCGACGUCAUUCGGCCAUGGUUCUCAACUUCCACACUGGUGCUCAACAGUCCCUGGGCUUUCAAACUCGAAUAAAGGUUCUUAUACAUACCCACCUUCCUCAGACCAAGCUUUUUUUCUCUUAGAGUCUGUAAGUCAAGUUUUCUUAAUAGGAAUCACUGUAACAAGAAAUGCUGACUACUCUCUUGGCAUAGAUUUCUAUCAGAGAAUCAACCACAUGGCCUCUGUCUUACCACUCCCGGAAGCUACAGCCAGUCACGUGGUUUAGUAACGUUGUUCCCUGACAUAGUCCCUGGUU